AUGAAAAAAUUGACGGCAGCACAACUUCUACUGGGAUACAAGGAUAAAGACCCGAUGAAGUUCGAAUCUGAAAUCAUCACUCCUUCUACUAGUCGCAAUGUCAACAAAGUUAACGCCUUAUCCCUUUUAACUGGCAACUUCUCCAAACAUCAAAACAGAAAACAGACCAAAAAACCUAGAACAUCAACGCGUCCGAGUUUCUUUGUCACGUUGAGAUAUUCUAAGCGAGAACGUGUACAUGCAAAGAACACCUCCCACCCGUUUUUCCUUGAAGUUAAAGAUAAAUUAAAAAGGCAGAAGUUGGCGCCGAAAUUAACUAUCGAAAAGCAACUGGAAUUACCAUGGCUUACUCGAGAUCAAUUCAUCAAUAAAAAUAUAGAUCCGAUAGAAGAGGAAUUACUCAGAAGACCUCUAAUUGUCGAAAUUCCGAAUCAAAAGAAAAACCAACCAUCACUUCCAGUGAUAGAGCCUUCUGAGUUUAGUCUUUUUGUCGUCUCCUCUCUUUCAAAGGAAACAAGGAAUGAUAGGCCUACUUGUAAUAUUACGAAAACAUCCAUACUGCCGUCAGAUGAGAUUUUUCAAAAAUACCAGCAUCUUCAAUUUGAUAACAGAUUUACAAAAUUCUUUCAAAAUGAUUAUAGAUCGAAUACCUCCAACAACACGGUUUCACAAUGGUGUGAUUUAUAUAGACCAACCUGUCAUUCAGAAAACCUACAGAAAGAGUACAUUAGCUCCGACAUAUUCAACUGGAUUUCCAAUGCCUUCCUUACACUUAAAUCUGUCGACUCAAAUAAAAGAAUGCUUAAGCUAAAGAGGGGCGCAAAUUCCACUAAAGAUGAUUUUAUCGUUUAUUCUUCUGAUGAUGAUGGUGAUUCCAAAGAAGAUGUUCCUUGUCUUAUCCUGGAAGGACCAGUCGGUUGUGGUAAAACUACCCUGGUAUACUCGAUAAUUGAACAGUUAAAUGGCCAUGUUUUCGAGUUUAGCUCAAAUGAAUCUAGGUCAAAGAAAAAUUUGGAAUUCAGACUGAAUCAGAUUGGGACAACUACAAAUUUGGAACAGAGCAACUCAAUUAUACUAUUUGAUGAUGUUGAUCUGAUAAAUGAAGAUGACAAAGAUUUCUGGUCUUGUGUGACUAAUUUGUUAGCUUGUUCAUAUCGUCCUGUAGUGCUAACUACUACUAGUUUGAAGGCAAUCCCUGAUAGGAUAAUCAACGAAUCUACCAUCUACACCUUAGAAUCGAUUUCUGAACUAGACUUAUCACACUAUAUUGAUUUCAUUGCAUUAUCAAGAGGUUUACGUCUUGAUAAUGCGAUUAUUGAUCGGUUUUCAAAACUCAGUCUAAGAAGCGCAAUAAUGCAAUUACAGUUUUUCUCGUAUACGAUACCAACGCAAAAUUCAAACGUGGGUUUGAUUGAUGUGACGAAAAACGAAACAAACACCAAGAGGAAAAAAAUAAAGUUACUUUCUCGGUUGAAAAAACUAUCAUAUGAAUCGGACAUUGCCUAUUUCACAAACACUAUAAAAGUUAAACCCCUUAGAGACGAUUUCAAUGAAGACAAAAACUCUUGUCUUGAGUUUUACUCAAGUAAAUAUUUCACUCAUGGUAAACGUUCUAAAUCAUGCAGAUAUUCGAGCGGUGAAAACUAUAACAAAAGACAUCCAACCAACGUAUUUACCUAUUUGCCUAAGUCUACUCUGGCUGCUGAAGUACUUCCCUUUAUCUCAGAGAUGGCAAAUAAGGAGCAAGAAAGAAUAGAAAAUAACCAACCAAGAUUAUUUGAUAUUUUUCCAAUGGACGUUUUCCAAUGA